CAUUUCAAACGGCAGACACUGUUAACAUGAGACAGUCGAACGAUAGAGUUUACAGUUAAGAAUGAAGUUUAAGGGCAUCAUUGCUCUUGUGGUGGUACAAAUUUGUGUUGGAAUAUGUGUUGCUGUCGAUCCAUUUACAACCAGUAAUGCCAAUAAUAUAUUUGAUGCCUUAACAUUGACAUUGACAUGUGGACAGUUUCAGACAUUAAUUAAAGGAGCUGGUUUACAAACAGAAGCAUUGUAUAAAUCACAGAUUCGACUUACCUUGUUUGUACCAAACAAUACUGCUUUCCAACUCUUACCUUCUUAUAGACUUAAGGAAAUUAUAGAUAUGGUACCGACGGAAAAAGAAGAUUAUGUUCGAUUUUUUACAAUUGGUGAAGAGCUACAGACUAGUGGUAUAACUGAAAAUAUUGCCAAAAACAGCUUGGCGAUAAAUAAUAAUCGACUGUUUUUUAAUAGAAGGGUUAGAAGAACCAAUGAUAUUGGUGGUAAUGCAGGAACAACUGAAUAUUUUGUCAAUGGUGCUCUGAUUAUUCGUCAAAAUGUACGAGCUGGUAAUGGUAUAGUACAUGUUAUUGAUAGAGUUCUAGAAAAAAGCAUAUCAAGACCCGCUUAUUCUUACCUAAAGAUACCUGAUACGAAAUAUCCCAACGUACAAUCAGCAUUUUUUCGGGAGUUUGUUAAUUAUUUAGAUGGAGAAAAUUUUGCUAAUACAAUAUUACCACUUCAAUCGGCCACCAGAUUGACGUUAUUUUUACCAUCUGAUGAAGCUAUUAAUAAAAUACCCAAAGAUAAGUUAGAAGAAAUCAGAUCACUGCCACAAAAACUAGCACUGAUUAUAAAGCAACAUGUUAUUUUGGAUAAAGUUAUUUAUACAUCUUAUGUAUAUCACAAUGAAGGAUUUAAUGCUAUGUAUGGUAGAAAUUUAUUUAAAAAGAACACGGGAGACAAAGUGUAUAUCAGUGGUGGGGGCGUGAAUGCUGAAAUAACCAAAGGAAACAUGACAGUUCAAAACGGUGCUAUCCAUAUUAUUGAUAGUGUAUUGGGUUUUGUGUAUAAUACUGCCAGAGAACAGAUACAAUUGGACAGAUCUGCCAGUAAUUUUCACGCUUUGACUGACCGUGGCAGAAAAGAAUUACAAGACUAUUUGGUUCAACCGAGUGGCGUGACCGUCUUUGUUCCCAAUAAUGACGCAUUUUCUGCUCUAACAAACAUACCCGGUGCAGAUUUUUAUAAUAACCAAACGCUCAUUAAUGAGGUUCUUGAACGUUCCAUGUUAGAGCCGGGUACAGCAUUUGAGAUAACCAAUGUCAACGGCGAUUAUACAGCAAGAUAUGAGACAACAUCACAGUAUAGAGGCAUGCCCGUAAAGAUUUACAGUCAAGGAAAUGAUACCUGGGUCGAAGGAGGCUAUGUUAAAGCUCGUGUAUUGCGACCUGAUGUUGGUGUAACCAAUGGUUUUGUACAUUACAUAGAUGGCGUAUUUGGUGUACCAUCACGUGAUCUCCCGGGACUUAUAUAUUGUGAAGAUUGGCUAUUAAAAACGUCAUACAUUCUCAGUAUUACCAAUCUUAACAGGUACUUGAAAGAUACUAGAAUAACGGCAACUCUACCAGCGUGUCCCAGUACAGCAGCACGAGCACAAAACACUUACCUUAAUACUCAAACUAGUGUAAAUAUGAAUACCCAGAAUUCUAACACUAGGACUUCAAAUACCAAUAGCCCGCUGCUAACAGGUGGAUGUGGAGAGAGUAAUAGGUUAUGUGAGUUUACAGUGUUUAUUCCUAAUGGAACUGCCAUAGAUAAUUUCCAGAUGACAGAACUGGGACUUAGAAUUCUUGAUAACAGAAAUCGACUGCGAUUCGUGUUGAAAAGGCAUAUCAUAUUGGGUAAAAAAAUCUAUAUUGACACAUUAGGUUUUGGAUCACACAAUCUCCAAGCUGAUAAUGGUGAUUAUCUACGAUUAAAUAAAAUCAAUAAAAGAAUUAUUGAACUUUACUAUAAAGGACAGAGAACGAGGGUAAUACACAGCGAUCUAGGGGCAACGAAUGGUGUUAUUCAUAUAGUUGAUAGAGUUUUAUAUGAGCAGGAUGAUUUAACCAGACAAAUAUCAGCAGCAACAACUAUCUUUAAAUCAUAUUUCAUUAUUUUAUCUAUGUUAAGUUUAAGUUUGAUUCCACCAUUCACUUAAAUUUAUAUUUAUUUAAUGAUCCCUUAUUUUUCAAAUUUUUUUACCAUAUUUGUAUUAAAUGUAAAAAAAUAUCAUUUGUAUAUUCAUGAUCAUUGAUUUGUAUAUUACCAUCAAUCAUGUUUGUAAAAUAUGGGCCAUCCUUAGAUGGUAGUUUUAUAGUGUAAAUAAUUAUAAAUACAUCUUAAAGAUGAACUGCAACCGUUGCAGAUUUUUUAUAUUUUAUUUAUUAACUACUAUUACAAUUUUUUUUAAAGAAUUCACAACCCCAAGAACAAAUUCAGUCGCCUUUAAAAUACAGAUCGACACGUCGGUUAUGGCGUUAUACGGCAAACUGUCACUUAAAGUUGUGGCGACGUGAAUAAUGUACACCGUAAGAAAGUCCUGAUAGCUUGUGAUCUGAAUUUCAUGUUUAGUAUUAUUGAAAUUAUUUUAAAAUUAGUUAAUGAACAGGAUAUAAAUGAAAUUGAUUCGCAUUUAAUGAUAUUGUGCCCAGCAGUUAGGUGAUCCAUCUAUGCAUCCUGACUUAAAAUCUAGUCGCCUGAUAUUUUUUAUGAUAUUAAAACUGGACGUCUAAUAUUUGUUUUUUUAUUAUAAAACCCUUUUAUUAAAACAAAAACAAACUACAAACAUAUUAUUAGACCCACCUAGCUCUUUAUUUGUAUUAUUAUACAUGUAUAGUAUAAUUAUUAUUCGGUUUAAGGGACAGUCCCAGAUCUCAAAAGAAAUCCUAAAUAAAAGUGGAUGGAAGUAUGGCAAUCAGACGACAAUGUAUCAGGACCGGAUUAAGGGCUGGGGGCUGACUGGGCUGCAGCCAGGGGCCCCAAUAUUAAACGUGCCCCCAAAUUAGCUCUCAAAUAUUUUUACCAUAUAUAAAUAAAUGUCAUUUACUAUGUUUGUGCUAUAUAAAUCUACCAUAUUAACAUACAAAUAGCAUUUGUGUAUAACUAGAGGACAGUGACCAGAAUAAUUAUGACCCCUUUUCACUGUCGAUGCAAGGGCCCCAAUGACAUUUUUAGCCAGGGGCAACAUGCAAGCUUAUAUAUGAAUACAUGUAAAUAGCUUAUUUACCCAAUUUGAAAAUUUCCAAUCAGAAUAUUGAGCCGUUUAAAAAUAAUCCCCAGAUUUAAUUAUGUAACGUAUUUAAGGAAUUUGUUUCUUUUAUUAUGACUUUUCCUAGUAUAUAAACAUGGUUAUCUAGGUACGUACACGGUCUUUAAUUUAGUAAAAAUUGGCAAAACUCGCUAGCAAAAUGAAAGUUGGAGAUUUUUUAUGAAGAAGCAUCCCAGAGCUUCAUAUUAUAUAGUUGCCCGGGACUAUUAUAAAGGCCUUUCAUUCCGCAUAAAUUAACUUUAUUUACUAUAAUAUAAUUGGGACUGCUCAAUAUCAGUAUGAAUAUAAAACUUUAAUUGUAUUGUUCGUAAUUGUUGAUGAUUCUACUACAUGCAUAUUCCUACAUUCUGAUGUAUAUAGCAACCAAAUUGAUAUUGAAUAGUCUUGAUUAUUAUGUUAAUUUCAUUUAUUAAAUGGCUUCUUUUUUCAAUUAUACAACCAUAAUUACGCACAUCAACAAUAUUACCGUCUGUAAUUGUACGAAUUCAUGGCUGUAACCAAAUUUAAAUAUUUUAAAGCAGUUAUGUCUUAAAACAGAGCGUUGAAUUAAGUUGAUAUGGCGUUUUGUUUCGGUUGGCUGUGUGACAAAAUAUAAAUGAUUAAAAAUGUUCGUUAAGAAAUAUUAAACGGAAGUCGAUUUAUUUACUUAUUGUAGUUUCGUUUUUGGCUUAUACUUUCGACAGUGGAACACAGAAUCAGAUAUCUCCCAACACCGACUCGAAUCAUUUUAACUGUAAAAAGCGUAUUGUAAAUUUUAUUUACAAAAUAAUUAUGUAUAUUAUGAUGUUUUUAUAUCCUACAAACAGAUUUACUUCUAUUAUUGAUAACGUUUUGAUUUAAUUUUUAAAAGAAAUGUUGUUUGUAGCAAUUUCGAACGAAGGACACAGACAAUAAAUAACAUAAUACCUUU